UGGAAGCUGGCCCCAGUACCAGCGCGAUCCAGGCAGCACGCAGCGCCUGUCUGAGGGAACAGGCCCCCAGGACCGCCGGAACGCUGUACCGGAACAGCAGUGACCUCGGUGACCUCUGUGACCCUGGCCCAACCACCAUGCUGGAGAAAACGCAGGAGUUUUUUGGGGUCUGUGACGUCGAGGACAAAGGAUUCAUCACACGGAGGGAUAUGCAGAGGCUGCAUGGGAGUCUGCCCCUCAGCGCAGAUGAGCUGGAGAACGUCUUCGACACGCUGGAUACCGACGCCAACGGAUACCUCACCCUGGAGGAGUUCUCCUCCGGAUUCAGCCACUUCCUGUUUGGGCGGAGCAUCUCUCAGUUGGGCGAGGCAGAGGAGGAGGUGGACAGGACACAGGGCUCCUUGGAGGUGCUGUACCAGAGGCAGUGGGAGGCGCGGUUGGUGCGAGGCGAGGAUGAGGAGGAGAGACACUUCUGCAUGCUGAUGGAGAGCCUGGGGGCGAGCUGCAUCUUUGAGGAACCCAACCCAAAUUUGACCUCCCCUGCCCCGCCCCACCCUGCCCCCAGCCCAGCCCAGGUACGUAGCCUGUGGGCCCAGCUUCGCCGAGACGAACCUCACCUCCUGUCCAACUUCGAGGAGUUCCUGGCCAGAGUCACUUACCAGAUCAACGAGGCCAACCAGGAGAAGAAGGAGAUGGAGAGCGCCCUCAAGAGAAAAGCUGCGACUCAUGAUGACGAGAUUCAGCGUCUGUACGAGGAGAUGGAGCAGCAGAUCAAGACUGAGAAGGACCGGAUCCUUCUGCAGGACUCUGAGCGCUUCCUCUCACGCAGUCAGGACCUGGAGCAGCAGCUCAACCACAAGGAACAGGAGCUGGAGCAGCUCUUCCACAAACACAGGAGGCUGGAGCAGCAGUGUCAGGAUCUGCAGAGCAGGCAGCAGGAGAGCAGGGUGGAGAAUGUCAAGCUGAAACAGACCAAUGAGGAUCUGCAGCAGGAGCUCAGACACACCUGCCAGGAGCUGAUCCACGCCCAGGACACCCUCAGCCACCUGCAGGAGGAGUCCUCCCGCCUGCACCAGGACCGCGAGAUGGAGUUGUAUCGGGUCACAGAGGGGAUGCAGAGAGAGAGAGCAAGCCUUCUGAAACAGCUGGACCUACUGAGGGAAAUGAAUAAACUCUUGCGAGAUGAGCGGGAUGUGUGUUAUUCAAAAUCCAAGGAUUCUCUCAGAAAGGCCCGGAAGCACAGGCCAGGUUGGAUUACAGGACUGAACCACGGUGACAGGCAGCAGUCCCUAAAAAGUGACGAUGAGGAUGACGAGCUGGCCCUACUGCACGGGAUGAAGAGUUUGGGGGCUGUGAACGGGCAGGGGUCCGGCCUCGGGACGGAGGCCCCGUUUUCGAGAGCGGCCGCAGGGAGAGCACAGCUCCAGAGGAUCAUCUCCAUCGAGGAGGACCACCUCCCCCACCUGCUGCAGAACCACUACCAGGCCCAGCUGCAGCAGUGGGGUGAGGAGGAGGAGGAGGAGGAAGAGAAGGAAGAGGUGGAGCAGGAGGAGGUGCAUACAGAUCUGGAGAUGAGUGACAAUUCCUCCACCCAACCGGAAUCUCCGACUGCAGAACACAGGGUUCUCCCCUCCCCCGCUGACCAAGACCCGCCCCCCGGUGACACGGACACACCCACCACGGACACAGACACGCCCCUUACAGACACAGACACGCCCCUCACUGAAACAGACACGCCCUCCUCCCCCAGGGGGCAGCCUGUUGGCAAGGAAACCGUCCGCCAGGAGGAGGGCGUGGCCUCCACCCCAGACCGCCUCUUUAAGAUCGUGCUCGUGGGGAAUUCCAGCGUGGGGAAGACGUCCCUGCUGCGUCGUUUCUGUGACGACUGCUUUUACCCAGGAACCUCUGCAACCGUGGGCAUAGACUACAGUGUGAAGACGCUGAUUGUAGAGAACAACAAGGUGGCCCUGCAGAUGUGGGACACAGCUGGACAGGAAAGGUACCGCAGCAUCACAAAGCAGUUCUUCCGGAAAGCAGACGGGGUGGUGGUUAUGUAUGACAUCACCUCCGUGCAAACCUUCACCGCCGUCCGCCAGUGGCUGACAAGCAUACAGGAAGGUGCCGGAGAGUUCAUUCCCAUCAUGCUCCUGGGCAACAAAACUGACAAAGAGAACGAGAGGCAGGUUCAGAGCAGAUUGGGUGAAAAACUAGCCAAGGAUUGUGAGCUGAUCUUCUAUGAGUGCAGCGCCCUCUCUGGUCACAAUGUGACAGAGUCCAUGGUUCACCUGGCAAGGAUUCUGAAGGCUCAGGAGGAUCGGGAGAAGGAGAAGACCGUGCAGCUACUUCAGGAUUCCCCCGAUAACACCAGGAGAUCCUGCUGCUCCCUACCAUAGAGCUGCACCUCCUCCCCCUCCUGCCCCAUGGCCUGGCUCUCCUCUGCCCCUCGGCCUGGCUCUCCUCUGCCCCUCGGCCUGGCUCUCCUCCUGCCCCUCGGCCUGGCUCUCCUCCUGCCCCUCGGCCUGGCUCUCCUCCUGCCCCUCGGCCUGGCUCUCCUCUGCCCUGCUCCUCUAAACCUUUUUAAAAUCGUUGUAGCUAUUCUCUCUGUCAGCACUGAAUUUGAGGGCACUUUUUACACAAUGUUUAAUGUCCAUAGUUUACUGCAGGAGACAAGGAAGAGAAGGAAGCUUUGGCUCUAUGAAUAUUACGUUGGAGCAACAGGAUGAUUGGAUACACACUAUUCUAUUUAAAAUAUGGAUUUAUCCUGCCUAUUAGUUUCAAAAUGUGAGAAUUCUUCUUCAAAACUACAUGGCUAAACAAAACCAGCUUUACAUGUGAAUCAAAGGGGAGAGAGUGGUGUUUAGUUUACUUUAAGAUGGUCAUACAGUAGAGUUUCUACCAGGGGCUGUCCAUUUCUUCUGAAUUUAGAUCUUGCAACUGGCAAAAGAAAGACUAUUUUCCUUAUUGAACUUAAAAGUCAGUGAGGUUUCUUUGAAUCGGGUUACCGUGUAAACGCACAUCAUGACUUGAAAGCCUUGGAUGACAAUGUAAAACAUGGUGUAAUUUCAGUUUCCUGUGUGGAGGUGGUAGUUUAUAAGGACUGUGCGUUGUAUGUACAGUAUUGUCCUGAAUAGUUUUCCCAAUGCUUUUCUUUUUACGGGGGAGUCAAUUAUUGUCAUUUUGAAAGUUUGUCAAAGGUGUAAUACUAUAAAUGCUAAUAUUUAUUCAGCUUAGUGUACCAUCACUCUAGGAAAGGUAUUUCUGGGAUGCACCCAUUUAUUCAAUGAAGCUUGUUCGAAUAUGUCAGCGUGAAAUAAUUUGGUUAUCCUCUGGCCUAUUUUUCACUGUGAAGGUUGACUGUGUUGUUCUUAUUCAACCGAAAAGACAAAUUUUAUCCUCAUCAAUACACUUUAGCCGCACGCAUGGAGUUGCCUGGUGUCAAGCAGAUUUCAUGUGCACUGAUGAUUCUACUCAUCGGUGAAACUCACUGAUGCAAUGGCGCCCUCUGCUGUUGACCAGAGGCAGGACAUGUACAAAAACAGGACAGACCAGUAGAUUUCCUGAUCCAGAAAAUUAGAUGAUGUAAAAAGUACAGUGUUCUGUGAGAUUCUGCUUUUCACUUUGCACUGGAUCGGCCAGAAGCGUCUGUCUUUUAUCAUUCUAACACUCAGCAAAGUACACUGUGAAAUGAACACUGUAGAGCAGAGGAAAACCACUAUUUCACAAACCACUAUUUUUACCUGUGAUUUCUAUCAAUCACAUUUGCACAUGUCUGUACAGAUUGAACAGUGUUGCUGUUGUAAGUUUGAUGAUUGAGUUUAAUUAUGAAAAUAUAACUAUGUGUCUUUCAUUAUGAAUAAAUGAUGUAUAAAUACAAAUAUAACACAAAAAAGCUGAGAA